GGAGCCUUAGGUACAGAAACUAAUAGACCCUCUUCUGCAGCACAAUGCGUAGCCUAUAUUGCGGUAACAGAAUUGCCUCAGAGGCAAUGGCCAGAUUUAAUAGCAAAUCUGGUCAGCAAUGUAUGCCAAGGAAACUCUACAGAAAUGCAGAAAGAAGCUACCCUGGAGGCCAUCGGCUACAUUUGCCAGGAGAUUGAUUCUGAUGUACUCGUAACCCAGUCGAAUGAUAUAUUAACUGCCAUCGUUCACGGAAUGAGAGCCACCGAACCGAGCAAUCACGUACGUUUAGCCGCAACGCAAGCUCUGCUCAACUCUCUGGAAUUCACGAAAGCCAACUUUGACCAACCUACCGAGAGGAAUUAUAUAAUGGAAGUUGUGUGUGAGGCAACUCAGUCUCCCGAGUCUCAAAUAAAAGUCGCCGCCCUCCAAUGCUUGGUUAAGAUAAUGUCGUUGUACUAUCAGCACAUGGAACCUUACAUGGCUCCGGCGCUCUUUCCGAUCACGCUGGAAGCGAUGAAAUCCGAAAACGAUGCCGUGGCCUUACAGGGCAUUGAAUUCUGGUCGAACGUGAGUGACGAGGAAGUAGAUCUCGCGAUUGAAGAUUCCGAGGCUACUGAAGCGGGAAGGCCUCCAGCUAGAGUUUCCAGACAUUAUGCAAAGGGAGCCCUACAGUACAUCGUUCCCAUCCUGCUUCAGAAACUCACCAAACAAGAAGAACUCGAUGAUGAAGACGAUUGGAAUCCGAGUAAAGCAGCAGGAGUUUGUUUGAUGCUUCUCGCCACAUGUUGCGAAGAUGAGAUCGUUCCCCACGUUCUGCCUUUCAUCAAAGACAACAUCAAAUCCGAUAAUUGGAGAUUCAGAGAUGCUUCGCUGAUGGCGUUCGGGUCCAUCCUCGGCGGAUUGGAAAGCACGACUUUGAAGCCGUUAGUCGAGCAAGCCAUGCCGACUUUGAUAGAGCUCAUGUACGACAAUAGCGUUAUUGUGAGAGACACAGCCGCGUGGACAUUCGGUAGAAUAUGCGAAAUAAUACCAGAAGCAGCCAUAAACGAAACGUAUUUGAAACCUCUUCUGGAAAGUUUGAUAACCGGUCUCAAGGCCGAACCCCGGGUCGCCGCUAACGUAUGCUGGGCUUUCUCUGGUUUGGUCGAGGCGGCGUACGAUAACGCCGAUGUUAGCGACGAAAUGGGAACGCCAGACACAUACAUUCUCUCUCAGUACUUUGAGUUCAUCAUUCAGAGACUUCUUGAGACUACGGACCGGCCGGACGGCGCUCAGGCCAAUCUCAGACCAGCUGCCUACGAGGCGCUGAUGGAAAUGGUGAAGAAUUCUCCGAAAGACUGCUACGUCACCGUACAGAAAACUACGAUGGUGAUUCUGGAGCGGCUGCAGCAAGUGCUUCAGAUGGAGACGCAUAUAAGUAGUCACAAUGACAGGUCGCAGUUCAACGAUCUCCAGUCUCUUUUGUGCGGAACUCUGCAGUCGGUUCUCAGGAAGGUCACUCCUGAAGAUGCACCACAAAUAUCUGAUGCGAUCAUGACAGCAAUGUUGACCAUGUUCAAUUCAAAUUCUUGUAAAAAUGGAGGAGUUCAAGAAGAUGCUUUAAUGGCUGUCUCCACUUUAGUUGAAGUACUGGGUGAAGGAUUCAUAAAGUACAUGGAUGCUUUCAAACCAUUCCUCUAUCUUGGAUUGAAGAACCACCAGGAAUAUCAAGUGUGUGGCACAGCCGUGGGCUUAACUGGCGAUAUUUUCAGAGCCCUCAAACUCAAAGUUCUGCCAUACUGUGAUGAAAUAAUGACACUGCUUCUAGAAAAUUUAGGCGACCAAUCUGUCCAUCGCAGCGUCAAACCCCAGAUACUGUCCGUAUUUGGAGAUAUGGUUCUCAGCAUUGGACCGGAAUUCAAGAAGUAUCUGGACGUCGUUCUAUCGACUCUUGCUCAGGCUUCUCAGGCGCACGUCGAUAGAAACGAUUUCGAUAUGAUUGAUUACCUCAAUGAUUUGAGGGAGGGAGUAUUGGACGCUUACACGGGAAUAAUACAAGGACUCAAAGGUGAUGGCCCAGUUCCGAACCCAGACGUUAUGAUUCUUGAACCACACAUUCCAUUCAUUGUGCAAUUCAUCACUGUGGUUGCGCAAGAUAACGAACACUCUGAUGGUACAGUUGCUGUAGCUGCCGGCAUCGUAGGAGACUUGUGCACUGCUUUCGGGGCUCCGAUGGUUCAGUUGUUGGAUCUGGAGUCUAUCAACGAAAUGCUUGCGCAAGGAAGACGCAGCAGAAUCACUAGGACAAAGACGUUAGCGACGUGGGCUACUAAAGAGCUGAGAAAACUCAAAGCUGCUAGUUCUACUACAGCUGCUGCUGCUAGUUG